AUGGAAUUGAUAAUGGCCAGAGAUGGGCAUUCGACAUGCCAAGGGUAUGACAAGGUUUCCGGUGUGGUCGCACAAGACAGGAUGGAUCGGUUGCAUAUGCAAGGGGACCCAGCACUGUCCUCACUCACUGGAAUUUUCCGGCGUAACACCAACGGGAAGCGACAUGCUGGCGAUGAUGGGUCAGAUGGCGAAGACAACGACCGUGCCAAACUUCGGCGAAUUGCCGAACACGCUGACCGACCACUGCCUUGUCCUUUCGCAAUUCGAUACCAUGAAAUACAAGGUUUUCAGGGGUGCACGACGAAGAAUGGUUGGAAACUCUUGCGCGAGCACCUCCUUACGCGAACACACAGGCCCCGGGACCAGUGCCCAACAUGCGGCACAUGUUUCGACGAUGAUGAUGGAUGGAAGGAGCAUACGCGCGGACGAAAGUGUCGGAGGCCCGAAAAAGGAUUUGUGCCUCUCAUUUGCAUGGAUAGAGACCAAGAGUCCCAGAUAAGAGAACUCACAAGGCAAGGCGCUAGGAGAAACUUGUCCGACGAAGAGCUGUGGCGCGAGGUCUGGGAGAUACUUUUCAAAGACCAAAGCUGUACGAUCUGGCCGUACUCAAAAGGUAUACACACAGACGACUUGCAAACAAGGAUUCAGAAUCUGCAAGGCAUGGAGCUUGUGCCAGCCGAAGAUCGCAUGGAACUCGCCAUGCGGUGCUACAACGAAGUCGAACGCUGGAAACAAGCGCGAAGUGCCCAGGGCUACGUCAAUGCUACAGUAAGGCAAUCGGAUGUGGCUGAAUACGUGGAGGACUUCGCUGUGCAGUUCAAGCCAACCAUCCAGUCAUUUCAGGCACCCCAAAUGCCGGCAUUCAACAGCAACGACUCGUUGGGAAUGCCGCUCUUCGGCUCUGACUUCCCGGACGAGACCAGUGCGUUCUCGUACCCCCAGCUGGACCCAUACCCAAUCACCCCAAUCAAUGAUUUCGAUCUCGAGGUCGAUUCCAGUCUAUUAUAUAUGGACUUCACCUUGCUCAAUUUACAGCCCACUCUGCCGAACGACAGCUCUUCCAGACCGAACUCAUCUUCCGCGAUACUGCCUGCGGAUACUUUCGAAUUUGAACAUGGCCAGGCCACGCUUCAGGACCAGCUCUCCAACCUUGAGGAUUUCAUGAGUGACGAAGAGAGAUUUAGGAUUUGGGAAUUUCUUGAUUUCAGCCUUGGUGGGCAGCACCUGUCAUUCGAUGGUGGGAAUGCAGAGCAAGAAUGGCGCAUCCUCCCCGAUUGA